UCCUCAUAAGCUAAUAAGUUCAGUUAAAGAAAAUAUUAAACAUGAAAAUAAAUCAAUUUUUAUUAAUAUUAUCAUUUGAAUUUCUCUUCCUUUUUUUUGGAGAGUCAAGAUCAUUAUCAGCUGAUGAUGGCAAUCAAGUUUAUAUUGUUUACAUGGGAGCUACAGAUUCAACUAAUGGUUCACUUCGCAACGAUCAUGCCUAUGUUUUAAACACAGUGUUAACAAGGAACAAAAAGGCCUUAGUACACAACUAUAAACAUGGCUUCUCAGGGUUUGCAGCACGUUUAUCAAAAGAGGAAGCAAACACAAUUGCGCAACAGCCUGGAGUUGUGUCUGUGUUCCCAAAUCCCAUUCUAAAGCUACACACAACACGUUCUUGGGAUUUUCUCAAGUUGCAAAAUCAUAUUAAAAUUGAUACCACAUUUUCCAAUUCUUCUUCUUCAUCUAACGUUGUAAUUGGCAUGUUAGAUACAGGUAUAUGGCCAGAAGCAGAAAGUUUUAAAGACAAUGGAAUGGGUCCUAUUCCACCUGGUUGGAAAGGAACUUGCAUGACUUCACCUGACUUCAACACAUCCAACUGUAAUAGGAAGAUAAUAGGAGCAAGGUAUUAUGCUGAUGGGGAUGAUGACGGUUCAAAAACGGUAAGAGAUAACAAAGGACAUGGAACACAUACGGCAUCAACAGCAGCUGGGAACGUCGUGAAUGGGGCAUCGUACUACGGUCUUGCAAACGGAACAUCAAAAGGUGGCUCUCCUGAAUCGAGGUUGGCGAUUUACAAAGUAUGCUCUGCUACCUGUUCUGGCUCUAGCAUUCUUGCAGCGUUCGACGAUGCAAUUUCUGAUGGAGUUGAUGUACUUUCUGUUUCCCUUGGUUCGUCUACGGAACUCGAACGUGACUUGACAACAGAUGUGAUUGCAAUUGGAUCUUUCCAUGCCGUGCAACACGGCAUCCUUGUGGUUUGCUCCGCUGGAAAUGAUGGACCACAACCGAGUUCAGUUACCAACGACGUUCCUUGGAUAUUAACUGUUGGUGCCACCACCAUUGACCGCAGCCUUCAAUCCAACAUCGUCUUGGGUAAUAACAAACUUGUCAAGGGUGAAGCUAUAAAUUUCUCUCCUCUUUCAAAAUCUGCUGAUUAUCCAUUGAUAACUGGAGAGUCUGCAAAAGCAACUACCGCUGACUUAGCAGACGCAAGACGGUGUCAUUCAGAUACAUUAGAUAAGAAAAAAGUCAAUGGAAGCAUUGUCAUUUGUGACGACAUAGAUGAUGAUAUUUAUACAACCGAUGACAAAAUUUCUAUUAUAAAAGAAUUGGGUGGAAUAGGUCUUGUUCAUAUUACUAACAAGGAAGGAGCAGUGGCAGAAAAUUAUGGAGAUUUCCCAGCAACAAUUGUAAGACCAAAAGAUGAUGCCACAAUCCUCCAAUAUGUAAAUUCAACAAGCAAUCCAAAGGCAACAAUUCUACCAACAACUACAGUCAUAGAUUAUAAGCCUGCACCUAUGGUGGCAUUCUUUUCAAGUAGAGGGCCUUCAUCACUUUCAAAGAAUAUUAUCAAGCCUGAUAUUGCAGCACCAGGUGCUGACAUUCUUGCAGCAUGGACCGGCGCGCCUACUGAUGAAACUGUUGUUCCAAAAGGGGAAAAGCCCUCACCAUAUAACAUUAUAUCAGGAACUUCCAUGUCAUGUCCCCAUGUUUCGGGCCUUGCAGGCAGCAUUAAAUCUAAAAAUCCAACUUGGAGUCCUUCUGCAAUCAAAUCAGCUAUCAUGACCUCUGCAACUCCAAUUAACAAUAUAAAGGCUCCGAUUACAACAGAUUUAGGGCCAGUUGCCACACCUUAUGACUAUGGAGCAGGGGAAAUAACAACAACUGAAUCAUUCCAGCCGGGGCUAGUUUAUGAAACCACCACCCUGGACUACUUCAACUACUUGUGUUACCUAGGAUUGAACACAACCACAAUUAAGGUUAUCUCCAAAACUCUUCCGAAAAAUUUCAGCUGCCCCAAGGACUCUACUCCUGAUCAUAUUUCCAAUAUCAAUUAUCCUUCCAUUGCAAUCUCCAAUUUCUCUAGUAAAGGAACUGUUAAUGUGAGUAGAACUGUUACAAAUGUCGGUGAACUUGAUGAAACAGUCUACUCUGCUACCGUCGUUGCUCCCAACGGAGUAAAAGUCCAGCUGAUUCCAGAGAAACUUCAAUUCACAAAAAGUAGCAAAACAGUAAGCUACCAAGUUGUUUUCUCAUCCACUUUAACCUCAUUGAAGGAAGAUAUUUUUGGAUCAAUUACUUGGAGUAAUGGUAAACAUAGUGUUCGCAGUCCUUUUGCAUUAACUGUGUAGCUAAACCAACAGAAAUGUAGUUAAAUAAAGGCCGAGUUCUUCUUGUGGAUGUAAUUUUAGCCAAGUUCACUUUUAGUGUGAAAAUGGCAAAUCAAAAAUAAAAAUUGUGUUUGUUUACUGA